AUGCUGCCGGCUGGCAAGCCUGUCGUGGGCGCACGCGGGGCCGCUCACACAGGCCCAGGUGGGUCGCGGAAAUCAACUGCAUGGAUGAAAUCUGCUUCGCCGUGGGCUCCGAUGCCCUGUGUGGGUGUCCUGGCUGCAGCUGGCCGACUCUCUGGAAGGCAGGCGCUAUGUCGCAGUCAGCGGAGCUUGCCGCGGAGAUCGCGAAUGUAUCUGCGGAGUUUCAUCACAGAAAAGGAGAGGCUGACGCUGAGCACAUUAGCCACCUCAACGGAUUUCAGAAUCACAGAUGCCAUCAUUGAUCGUCUAUCCGACGACGACCUCUUUGAGAAGCUGGCGAUUUUUGAGGAAGACUUGCUCAUUAAGCGUGAUGAUCAGGAUGCGGAGCUGCUGAAGGCCGGCAUUCAAAAAGGAAUCGACGAGGGUGCAUUGGUAGCUCCCGGCCUGAAGCCGGUCUACGAAGACAUAGACGUCACGAAGAUGGAGGCGAAUGAGCGUGCGCACUACAUGGCGACACAGCUGCCAUCUGCGACUGAGGGUUUCGUCGUGAUCCUCGUCGGGAAGAGCGGCACCGGGAAGGAGGCCACCUUCAAGAAGCUUCAGCAAAAGCUUCCCGAGGCGAUUCCCUGGUCCAACGGCAAUUGCUUUCGAGCCUUGACCUUGCUGGCCGUCACACACUGCGAGCAACAAGGGAAGGACUUUGAGCCGGAGUGUUUGACGCCGCAGAACUUGGAGGCUUGGGUCGGUAUGUUACAGGUCGUUCUCGAGGAGGGAUCGGACACCAUCGACGUUCGCAUCAAGGGCCUCGGCUUCGACAAGCUCGUCUCUGAAAUCAAGGACACCAUUCUAAAGGACCCUCCCGUGUCGCGACUCCUGCCCGUGGUGGCCAAGUCAACUCAAGCGCAGGUUGUGGCCUUCGCUCAGCAGGCGCUGCAGCAAGCCGCGGCAUCCGGAAGAGUUGUCUUUCUGGAAGGUCGUGAAGAGACCUUGGAUUUCAUCCCCAGCAAUUACCGCUUCCGCUUGACACUGCCGGAUAGCUGCAACCUGCUGCGUGGGCAGCGGCGAGCAGCCCAACGGAUUUUGGGGGAGGCCAAGGAGAUUUUGAGCAAGACGGACGGGGACUCCGUGGAUGCUGUUCUCAACGAGGCCCUGCAAACUGUGGCCAAAGGCCGCGACCUUCAGUAG